GCUUUUACCUGUCACGGGUGACACGUACAUUUUAAGAACCCGCUGGUGACUCUUGACACUUUCUGCUCGAGUUUUCGGGGCCCCGGUGAUCCUCCCUUCUCGGGAGUAAGGCGAGGGGUCCGGAGCAUCCAGCAGGUCCCAGCGGAGGAGGGCAGUGCCCCAGAGUGGCGGGAGCUGGCGGGGACACCCGGCAGAAGUGACAUCGGGCAGAAGGGACACCGAGCAAUAGUGACACGGUGGCUGGAGAGGGCUGGGGGAGCUGCCCUGUUCCGGCGGCUGUCCCGGCGCUUCCGAAGGAGAAAAGAACGAGGAGCUCCGGCUGCGCAGCCGCCCCCGCCCCAGGCGGCCUCCUGGGGCUCGGGAUUUACUCCUGGAACCUGCUUUCAGGAACCGCCCCCUUCACGGUGUGCGGUGACCCGCGCCGACCAUCUCCCCUUCCUCUCCUUCCUUGAGCAGCCGUGUACUGGCGGGGUCACAUGCUUGGUCUUUGGUGCCUUUAAUCCCACCCUCAGCGCCCGAGAGGGAGGAGAGAAAUUCGCGGAAGAGAAGUGAGCCACACGCCGAGAGCAGGAUCCCGGUGUGAGAGGAGCUGCGUGCGGGAGGGAGGCAGGAACGGCCGUGCGGGGCUGCCCAGCGGAUCGGGUAAAUCUGCCACACGGAUCGGGCUUGCACAACCUGUGCAGUUUUGGCAGCAAUGGCCCCAGAGAGGGAUGCAUUGAAGUGAAGGAUUGAGACCAUGAGCAUUACAGGAGUGCCCUCCUUCUGCAGCAGUUAUGUUAAACCGAGCCUGGCAGCUCUGUGGGAAGUGGUGCCGUUGGUCCAGCCCUUUCAUCCACCUCCUCACCCUGACUGUGGUGACUUUUGCUGUGCUGGCACCUUUGAUCUGCCACCGGCUCCUCCACUCUUACUUCUACCUGCGGCGCUGGCACCUGAACCCCAUGAGCCAGGAGUUCCUGGAACAGAACCAGCAGGAGGGUCAGGAUGCCCUCCAUUAUUUUGAGAAGAUGCAGAUGCCAAAUGCCUCUGAGGUGUCUGGCAGUGAAGCCUUCCAGCCUGUGCUGCUGAUCACCAUUAAAUACCUGCAGGGGCUGCACUGCCACCAGGGCUUCGCCAAGGACACUGCCCUCUACUCACUGCUGCGGGGCAAGGGCGAGAACGCCUUUGUGGUGGAGCCCAACCUGGUGCGGCACGUGGGGAUGUACUCCAGCCUCCGACUGAACAGCAACCCAAAACUGCUGUGAGCUGCUCCUGCCUUGCCACACAAAAAACACCCAGGAUGCUUGCCAUGGGCAGAGGAACAGUGUGCAAACUUGGAUUCUGUGAUGCUUGCACUGGGCAUCCUGUGUCUCCACAUAGACAAAGAAUAACUCUCUCUAAAACUACAAGUUUUCUUAAAAAAUCAGCCUAUGUACAUUCAGACCCUGUUUAGUAUGAACUUUGAACUAAUCACCAUGCACCACCUGGGAGAGAAGUGGAGGAUUCCAGCCCAAUCUCCUUAGCCAUUUCCAAAGAAAAGCUCUCACAUCAACAUGCACAGCUUUCCUGCUUACUCUCCUGAACAGUGGUUACAAAAAUCCUUGCCUUAGGACAGCAGAAAUGUUGGACAAAGUGAAUGCUUCAGAUUCAGGCUAAUGAGGAGGUGAAGGCCUCAUUUCCUUGUCCUUACUAAGGUCUGAUCUUUGACCUGUCUCUGCUCCAAAGCUGUGGUUUUAAGCAGACCUUCAAAAGCAGAAGUGGUUUGCAGGAACUUUCCCACAAAUUCUGCCUAGAUUCUUCAAAUUGAUGAAGUCUCUUUAGUUGCUGUCUCCCUAUCUACACCUCCACCAUUCCCACUUCUUUUGCUUCCACCUGAGGCUUUUAAACGCAAAACCUCUGCUGCUAUUGAAGGUCAUCUCUGGGAGUUGGGAUAGGAAAACAGAAUCACAGCCACUGGUGUCACACAGAUGGGUCAGGAAUGCACAUUUUCCUGACACACAUUGUAGACAAUGAUUGCUAUAUUGGUGGGGAUCAUCACUCAUUGUACUGGCUCCAUUAAGAAAGGUUUUAUCAACCGCUGAGUGAAUUUAUCCACUCAACAUGAAUUUACCUUGACUUUCCCUCAGUACAGAGACAAAUGAAGACUAGAUCUGUGCUACAUAGGUGCUGUUGUUGUGCAAGAUCCUUGUUCAUUCUCGAGCUGUAAUUCACAGCUCAGCUGGAGUGGUUCAUUCACUUCUAGCAGAAAGCAAAAUAGCUGUGAGAAACAAAGGUGGCUGGCUGUUCACAAGAACAAGCAACAAUAGCACAGCACAUCAAAGGGUCACUCUGACAGUGAUUGUGUGUCCUGGUUGUUAGGUAUCUGGGAUAGGUACUUUGUACAAGGGCAGUGGGCACAGUUAAAUAUAAAACCUUGCAGAUGACAAGAGGCCUCAUACUGAAUGAAAACAGGCAAAAAUUUGGUAUAUCUGAUGAAAGGCCCAGUGGCUUUAAUGAGCUUUGAAUCAAAUUCACUUUCAAGUGGCAUUUGGUUGAAUUAUUUUUAAAACCAUAUUCCUUCCUUUGGAAUGAACCAAGUAAGUAUUUUUUGUUGAGUUUAAUCAGUGGGAGUUGUUUGGGUUUUUCUUUUUGGUAAUAGAAGGGCUUUGCUUUGAAUUUUCUUCUCCCAGCUCUCUUUCAGGUGAUUUAUGCCUUAUUAUCUUAACAAGUUUGGUUAUAGGUGAGAAAUACCUAAAACUCCUGAGAGAUGAAACCAAAGAAAAUGGCAACCUCAGCACAGUGGAUAUCAGUUACAAAGAACUGUACAAAGGCAACAGAACAAAGGCACAGUGCAGUUAGCUGAGAAACAGCAUCACAGCAGUGCUUUGCUCUCCAGUGUUACCGUACAUGGCACAACAAGACCCCAGAGAGUGACCUGCAUCUCUGAGCUCAGAGCACACUGUAGAAAAUGCUGAUGAUUUAAGACAAAGGGAUGGGUUCUCAUUUGGCAAUCUGACAACUGUUUCUUGAAGAGCCUUGAGUAGGUUCAGGGACGAGAACCAAGGAAUGGGCUAAGGGCACAGGGUUAAAUGAGUGGUAAAAGGGGCAGAUCUGAGGGUCGAGGUCCAACAAGGACAAGGGAAAGUGGUGCAGGGAAGUGGCUAAAGACUAGGAGAACCAAGGGGAUAAUGGGUGGAACAAUGCAGCAGAACAGAGCCAGUGGGGAUUAAAGGAAGGAAGAGCAUUCUAGGAAGGGUACAUUAAUGGUAAACAGGGGCUGAACAAGGGUGACAUCAAUCCCCACACACUAUCAGAACACCAGAACCCAAAAGGCACCAAUAUGUGACUAUAAAAUGCCCAUGGAAGGGGGGCCUUUUCUUACUGUAUUCUAGAGGGGCAUCUCUCCCCUUUUGCCUCUGCCCCUCCAGGGCUCAGGUAUGACCACCCUGAUGGCAGACCCCUGGGCCUCCACACUCCAGUAAUCAGCUGGAUACUUCUAGAACACCUUUGGAAAUUAGACUGAGUAAAAACUGCUUGUGGGUUCCAUGCCAUUCCAAAGGCAAGGCCUUUAGGCCUCCUGGCAGGGGACACUGGAAGAAUGGCACAGUCAAAACCACAUUUUGUUCCCAGCUGCUGAAAGCCCUGGAGAUGCCAGGGAAGUCACACAGUGGGCAGGUGGGCAAAUCUCUCCUCUGGCUUCACUGCCGUGGGGUUUCGGUGUCAGGAUUUGGGUGUCACUGUGUAUUUACUCCACCAAGUGCCUGCACAUACACCUGGUUUCUGUAUCUUUAGAUACUUAUACAUGUGUACAUCUUUAGAUAGAUACAUGUGAAUGUUUUGGUGCAGUGGGCUUGCUCUUGUCUCUUUUAUAUCUUUAUACUGUAUAAAUCCAGGACAACACUCUGUUCUUUCCAUUCAUAUUCAUUCUUGCCUUAGAAAAUGUCACAGCAAGAAAUGGGACAAACAAUGGAAAAAGGAAGAGGGGAAAGCAAGCAAGCAAACAAGCAAGAAGCUGUAUCCUGUAAAUAAGUGUUUUGAUGUGGGGAAAUGAUUUAUCUAUUUGUCUCAAAGUUAUUUUCCUGCUUGUCCAGUUUUACAUGCAGUCAUGGGUUGGACAGAAAUCAUGACUCGAGUCCUCUCUUGAUCAUCCAACAAACUGCCUGUUUUAUUCUUUGGAACCUACUUACAUAGUUGGUUCAAAACUCCUGCGUCUAGAUAAUUGAUUGGUUGAGGUUUUAGCACUGCCCAGCUCCUUGACCAAUGAUAUGUCUUCUUUCUGGACUGAACAUGACUGGCUGAGGUCCCUGCUUGGGUCUGAAUCCAACUCAUCCCUGCCCCAUCCAAUGAUGUGUUUUACUUCUAGGCUGGUUGAAUUUGGGGGUCUGGUAUGGCCAAAUUUAUUUGGCAGCUAUAAUCUAGCUGAAACAGUGAUAGUCCAGUAGUACUUAAUUUGACAUUUCAAAAGUCCAGGAGAGGUCAAUAAUUUCACUGAGCCUCAUAGAUGAAAAUUAAGAACAUGAAUUUAAGGCAUCCCUUCUAAACUAGAAGACAAUUUUCAUGGCUUAAGAGGUGACAGAAUUUGACUGCAAGACCAAGCAAUGUGCAGAGGGCUCAGGGCUUGAACUUAUCAUUGUGAGAGUUUCAGAUAAAUCACCUGUAAACAAACUCCUUUGUGCAAGAAGCAGGUUAAUAAAUUCUUUAUGUCUUUCUGGGGCAAUUUUCUGAAGUCCACAAGUCACUUUUACAGCAGAGGUGCUGCAGGGAGCUGUUCUGAGUUACUCAGUUACUUGCACAGUGCCCACCCUGCCAAUGGAGCAUCCCAGGAAAGGCCUCCUGCUCCUGCCUUCCAGUCUUCCACAAGCAGAUUGUGUCUUGUUCCACUUUUCUGUGCUGCAUGUUUUACUAGAAAUUAGAAGUCAGAGAAGUGCACAUCACCGUAAGAACAGAGAAUGGGAAACUACAAUGAAUUCUUAAUUUCUGUUGGAUUUUGUUCUGCAGCUCAGGCUAAAAAUGCAGUUUCAAACACCCCAAAGCCUUUUCCCUCUUUUCUCUGAGGGGAGUGGAGCUGAGUUGCCCCAUCUCAGACUACAGAAGUUCAAAGCAUGGUAUUAGCUCCCUGAAAUGUGGCCUUAAGAGCUUGGUUUCUUUCACUUUAAACAAACUUCAUGACUAUUUUUGAAACAAACAGUAUGGAUUUUCUUGGGUGUUAGUUCAUUACCAAUGGUUUGGAGAAUAUUCUUCAAUGCAGCAGCUGCUGUUUGCACAAGAGGAGUCUUUCUUGAUGGGCCAUCAGCAGGACCCAAGGCUUUAUUGUCUAGGACAGUUCCACCAGAGUUACUGACUUAAACAAAAACUAGAUUUGUUUCCAAAGCAUGUCCAACAUAAGCAUGAUGCCAGCAGAACACAGGGCAUAAUCUGACAGGUCUCUACUAGAUUAGAAGUUUAAGAGGAUUUUCUAACUCCAGCAGGCAUCAAUGUCUUAGUGAGAAGGAACUGCAUUUGAAGAGAGAAAAGCCUCCCUUCCUAUGGUGAGGAGCUGUGAAUCACCAGAUUGGGUAUUUCAGCAGCAAUACUGGAUUAUCCAGCAAUUGUCUGGAUAUAGUCUGGAUUGUUUUUUAUUUUUAAUAAAGUUAUUUACAAGCAAAAUUUCUACAAAAUAAACAACCUCUCUGUAAAAAUUCUA